AUGUCUUCGACAACUCAGGCGAUUGACACCAAUUGUAUGACAUUAACGCGAUUUGUUUUGGCAGAACAGCGCAAAGUGUCGGAUGCGACCGGAGAACUGACCACUCUUUUGAAUGCCAUCUGCACGGCUGUCAAAGCCGUCUCCUCUGCCGUACGAAAGGCCGGAAUCGCCAAACUGUUGGUUCCCUUCUUUUUCUUGUAUUGA